AUGGAGGUCAAUACAGAGGAUAACAAUGUCAUGGAGAAGGUUUUGCUUCCUGAUGAACAGGAGAUCGAUGUUGAGUUGGAGGCUAAAGAAAAGAAGUAUCUAAGAGGAGAAGGUGCUAAUCUAGAGUUGUUGAAAGAUAAGAAACUAAAGUCUCAGCUUGCUUCACGAGAGAAGAUAUAUGGCAAAUCUGCAAAAUAUGCUGCUAAAAUCGAGAAGUGGCUCUUGCCGGCUUCGGCAGGCUACUUGGAGACCGAGGGUCUAGAGAAAACAUGGCGUGUCAAGCAGACAGAUAUUGCCAAAGAAGUAGAUAUACUAAGCUCAAGAAAACAAUAUGAUAUAGUGCUCCCAGAUCUUGGCCCCUACAAAGUUGAUUUUACUGCAAGUGGUAGGCAUAUGCUAGCUGGUGGUCGCAAAGGGCACCUUGCUCUUGUAGACAUGAUGAAUAUGAAGUUAAUUAGGGAGAUCCAGGUAGGAGAAACAGUACGUGAUGUUGCUUUCCUCCAAGACGAAGACUUAUUUGCAGCUGCCCAGAAGAAGUAUGCUUAUAUUUAUAAGAGCAAUGGAGCUGAGGCACAUUGUUUGAAGGAAAGUGGUCCAGUGACUAGACUUCGGUACCUAAAGAACCAUUUCCUGCUUGCAUCAGUAAACAAAAUCGGGCAGCUACGUUUUCAAGACACAACCAACGGUAGCAUGGAGGCUAGUAUCCGAACAGGCAAAGGCCGAACAGAUGUAAUGGAAGUGAAUCCAUAUAACAACGUUGUUGCCUUAGGACAUUCUGGUGGAACAGUUACAAUGUGGACACCAAAGAUGCAAGCACCUCUGUUCCAGAUGCGGUGUCACCCUGGUCCGGUCUCUUCUGUUGCGUUUCACCCAAAUGGCCAUCUCAUGGCUACAUCGGGUAAAGAGCGCAAGAUCAAGAUCUGGGAUCUGCGUAAGUACGAGGAGAUCCAGACUAUUCACGGUUUCCACGCCAAGACUCUGAGUUUUAGUCAGAAAGGUUUGCUAGCAGCUGGAACUGGAUCGUUUGUUCAGGUCUUGGGAGAUUCGAGUAGUGGUUCUUCGCAUAACUAUAGUAGAUACAUGAACCACUCGAUGGUGAAAGGUUAUCAGAUCGAGAAGCUUAUGUUCAGGCCUUAUGAGGAUGUUCUUGGGAUUGGUCACUCGAUGGGGUGGUCUAGCAUUCUCAUUCCAGGGUCUGGAGAACCGAACUUCGAUUCUUGGGUGGCUAAUCCAUUUGAGACGUUGAAACAGAAACGUGAGAAGCAAAUCCAUUCGCUUCUUGAUAAACUUCCACCAGAGACGGUCAUGCUUGAUCCUUCAAAGAUUGGUGCGAUGAGACCGGCCAGGAGGAAAGAGAAGCCAACGAGAGGAGAGAUAGAAGCUGAGAAGGAGCUGGCCAUAGAAGCAGCAAAGAGCACUGAGCUGAAGAACAAGACGAAAGGAAGGAAUAAGCCGAGCAAGCGGACCAGGAAGAAGAAAGAGUUGGUGGAGAGCGCGAAGCGGAGUUUCCCGGCGCAAGAGCACAGUGCCGCCUCUAAGAAGAGGAGAAUCGGUGAAGAAGAGGCUGCUGAGCUACCGGCGAGUUUAAAGAGGUUUGCACGGAAGAAAUGA